AUGGGAGUGCUCAUGUUCAAGCAGAUCUUCUUCAGAACCUUUGUUGGAGUCCACACAACACUUCUUCUGCUUCCAGUCUGUUCGACGCUGAAUAUUACAGCGUCUCCUUUUUUCCCAGAUACUCCUUUCCUCUGGGUUUGGAAUGCCCCAAGUGAUUUUUGCGAGGAAAAGUUCAAUAUAAAGAUAGAUUUGACCUUCUUCGGGUUAGAAGGAAGCCCCCGGAAAGCCGUGGUAGACCAAGGUGUUGCAUUAUUUUAUAUUGACAAACUUGGCUACUAUCCUUACAUAGAGCCACGUACAGGUGAAAAUGUGAACGGAGGAAUCCCCCAGUUGGGAUGUCUCCAAAAACAUUUGGACAAAGCUACGAAUGACAUUUGCCAUGCCAUAGGCGCAAACAACGUGGGCUUGGCUGUCAUUGACUGGGAAGAAUGGAGACCCAUUUGGGCAAGAAACUGGAGUCCUAAACAUGUGUACAAGGAUCAAUCUAUUGAGUUGGUUCUCCAAAAUAAUGUAAAACUUACUUAUGAUCAGGCCUCUAAGAUUGCCAAACAACAGUUUGAAGAGGCAGGAAAGAACUUCAUGCUAGAGACUUUAAAAUUGGGAAAAUCACUACGGCCUAAAUACUUAUGGGGUUAUUAUCUUUUUCCUGAUUGUUACAAUCAUAACUAUAACAAACCUGGUUACAAUGGAAGUUGCUUUGACUUAGAAAAAAAAAGAAACAAUGAGCUCGCCUGGUUGUGGAAAGAAAGCACCGCCCUUUACCCAUCCAUUUAUUUGAAUACCAGAAUAAAUGGUUCCCAAGUCGUGCUCUUUGUCCGGAAUCGGGUGCUGGAAGCCCUUCGGGUGUCUAAAGUGCGAAACAAUAAUGACCCACUUCCGGUGUUUGUAUAUUUCCGUCUAGUUUUUACUGAUAAGACUUCAAGAUUCCUUUCUCAGGAUGACCUUGUGCACACAAUGGGAGAAAGCGUGGCCCUAGGUGCUUCUGGAAUGAUCAUCUGGGGAAGCUUCAAUUUAAGCCGAAAUUUGCAAGCUUGCAUGAACCUAGACAAUUAUACGAAGAAUACCCUGAACCCUUACAUUAUCAACGUCACCCUUGCAGCCAAAAUGUGUAGCCAAGUGCUUUGCCAAGAGCAAGGGGUGUGUACACGGAAACACUGGAAUUCAAGUGACUAUCUUCACCUGAACCCAAGGAACUUUAAUAUUCAAAUUGUGAAAGGCGGAAAAUAUGUGAUACAUGGGAAGCCCACGGUUGAUGACCUGCAGCAAUUUUCUCAAAAUUUUCAUUGCAGCUGUUAUCCCAGUUUUGGUUGUAAGACAAGAGUGGAUAUGGAUAAAAUUGAUACAAUUCAUGUAUGUGCUGCUGAGGAUGUUUGUAUAGAUGCCUUUCUAAACCCAGCACAGAGUGUCCUGUCUAAGGAUCUGGGGCCCCAGGAUCAACUGCCUAAGGCAUUAAGUGCAGUCACUCUCCAGAUGUUUGUUUAA